UACCAUCUUCAUUACCUUUUUUCCAGGACAUUGAUCACAGUCCAUAACAUAAACAAAUCAAAUUGGAAAAGUGUUAAUCAUUUGCCUGUUUAUAUUGCGAAUAGCUCUCCGAAAAUCCACUUAUUUUAGAAAAAGGAUUAUGGAUCCCAAUACAAAAUUUUAUCCUUUAAUAAGCUCUAUUCAAAAAGUGGCACUUUUCGAAACAAAAUCGAAACUAUACCUGAUAGGAAGCAACAGUAGGGAAUCCCGCUUUCGACUGUUGGAAGUUGACCGAAAAUCCAAAGAGCUCCUCAUCCACGAAAAUGCCAACGAGCUGAAGAAGAGUGACAUUCGCAAAUUUGUCCAAUCUCGCUCGUUCAUCCGAUCGAUUAGCGCUUACGGAGUGCUGGGAUUCGUCAAGUUUCUGGAGGGUUACUACCUUAUCCUGGUCACCAAACGAACCCGCUGUGCAUUCAUUGGGAAGCAUAUAAUAUAUACAAUUAAAGACACCGCCAUGAUUCGUGUCAACGAGGCUCCGGUAGGAAAGCAAAUUCACCCUCUCGAGCAGCGCUAUGUGAAAAUGUUCAACAAUGUGGACUUGAAAAGUAACUUCUACUUCAGCUACAGUUAUGAUUUGACGAGAACUUUGCAGUACAAUGUUUCGGUUCCGAAAUUUGUCGGCGUUCAAUGUGACAUCGAACGGGAUGAGCCACUGUUGUGGAAGAAUAGUAGCAAGGAAAAAGCAACUUACGCAUUUCGUGGAGUGUCACGAAAUCGUUUUGUAUGGAAUGCCUACCUGUUGAAGCCGAUGGGUAAUAUUUUGCACAAAGAUUGGAAGCUAGAGGUUAUUCAUGGUUUCAUAAGUCAGUCGAGCAUCAGCAUUUUUGGGCGACCGAUUUAUGUGUGCUUGAUUGCCAGAAGAAGCACCCGAUUUGCCGGUACCAGAUUCCUGAAACGUGGUGCUAAUUAUUUUGGAGAUGUGGCUAACGAGGUGGAAACGGAACAGAUUGUGCUUGACGGCACUCGAAUGUGCAGUUUCACACAGCUCCGAGGUUCUGUUCCUUCCCACUGGUCUCAAGAUGUUAGCAAAAUGGUUCCAAAACCGCAAAUAGCUCUCGACGUGUCGGAUCCGUAUGGUGAAACUGCUGGAAAACAUUAUCAGCGCCUAAUGUUCCACUUUGGAUCGCCAAUAAUUAUUCUCAACCUAGUGAAAAAGCGUGAAAAAAGACGUCAUGAGAGUGUACUGAGUGAAGAAAUGGUCGGGAGUGUUGAUUAUCUGAAUCAGUUCGUUCCCCCGAACUCUCGAAUCAAAUACAUCGAUUUCGAUAUGGCCAGGAAAAGUCGAGGCAAAGGUAAUGUGAUGGAGCGAUUGGCCAAAUACGCCGAGAACGUUAUCCAGCAAACAGGAAUUUUCUUCCUCGACGAAGAGAUAUCAACCCAGCAAACGGGAAUCGUACGAGUGAAUUGUGUAGAUUGUUUAGAUCGCACAAACACGGCUCAGUUUGCUAUCGGGAAAUGCGUACUUGCACAUCAGUUGCACGAGUUGGGUUUCUUGAAGGAACGUAAAUUGGAAUUUGAAUCGGAUUGUAUAACAAUGCUGGAAAAUUUAUAUGAAGAUCACGGCGAUACAUUGGCACUACAAUAUGGUGGAUCGCAAUUAGUCCAUCGUAUAAAAACAUACCGUAAAACUGCGGCUUGGGCAUCACAGGGUAAUGAUAUCAUCCAAACGCUCAGUCGAUAUUGCAGCAAUACUUUCAGCGAUACAGAAAAGCAACAUAGCAUUAAUUUGUUUUUAGGUUACUAUAUCCCAUCGGAAUCCGAAGUCAAUAAAUCUACACACAUUUGGGAUUUGGAGACUGAUUUUUACAUUCACAACUCGAGAGUAGAUGUUAUCCGCAAAAUAUCUCCAGAACCACUAACGCAAUGGGUUCGACCGUUCGUGAUGAUGAACCUGCCAAACUCAACAAGUGAUAACAACCGAGUUGUGAAUGAGCUGAUCAAAAUUCACACCGCCGAUGUGGAAAUAAUCGACUACUAUUCCAAUUUCUAUUAUACUUUUAAAAUAACUUCAUUUGAGGAGAAUAUUGCUUACCAACUAAGUCAUUUUGCGCGGAAUUUCGUUCCGACUUUCCGCACGAAUUUCAGUCCAUUCGAGCCGGUCCGAAGACGGGAUAGUGUAACCAUGAAGAAUCCAUCACUUUCGGGACAAUCUUCCACUGGGUCUACAAACAGCUCUUCGUCCAGUUUGGAUGAGGACUCAGACUCUGAAGAUGACGACCGAAGCCUUAGAAACACUGCUCCAAGCAGUAGUGCCAACAGUAGCAGGGCCGAAGACCCGGUGACGAUCAACAGCAUGUUUCCAAUGACCGGGGACAUAUAUGGGUUUGAAAUCAAACCACCCAAAAAGGCAGAUAUGAUGAAGUAUCAGAAAUACGUUCAAAUGAAUAGAAUUUGUUAUCCAAAUAAAUAUUCGAAAUACGAGCAGAAGCAGACACAGCCGGAGGAAAUCAUUGUGCAGAUUCGGGCUAUCUACGCCCGAACUGAUUCCAAAUUGUGCGCAUUGACAGAGGAUAUAGAAAUACCGACAGUGAGUGCGGAAAGUCUUGCGAUCUAUGAAAAAUACUGUCAGAUAGCACAGAACGCUAUGGUGUCCAAAGGAAUCGAUCCCGUUAUACAGAGAUAUGUGGAUAUGUACAACUAAUUAGAAAAGGAAUAGUCAUCAUUUUCUGGACGUGAAUAAUAUGCACAUUGUAGAUAACAUCGAACUUUAUAUCUUAUAUGUAUUCAUCGAA